ACUAAGUAAGCCUGCACCUGACUAUUGGGGUUACAGCUGUGAUGAAUUUACUUUGGGCAGCCUGCUGAUGUCAGUAGUGAAGCAGUCAAGGACACCCUUUGAAAUAUAAAGAUAGGUCAAUCAAAUAUAGCAGACUGCCUAUUGGAGAACAGGAGGCAUUCAAAACAUGGUUCUCAACAGUUUGAGCAGAGCCUAUUUCCAUUCCUUCCUGACCCAACUGCUCUCAGGCUUUAGUUUCAUGUCCCAAAUCUUUUUCUGUUUCCAAAAAUAAGCCACUGCUGCCAUGUUGGAGGGAGAAAAACAAGAAGGGGAGUAUUUUUAGGGCUAUUAAUUCUGAUCACAUGCCCAGGAAGUGAACGGGAAAAAUCAUUGCACAAAGACCACUUAUCACUAUGUCCUGUGAAGCCACUGUUCACUUCACAUUCCCUGCUUUGGUUCUUCUGGGCUUUCUGGCUGAGAUUGUAUUUUUGUAUCCAGUGGUGAACAGAACAAAUGGCAACCUCCUGGACAGAGGAUGGGAAUCUCUCUUAUCCAAGUCCCUGGCUGGAAUGUCAGGAGAAAAGUCUGAUGUCAACUGGGAGACUGACUAUUUGCUAGGAAUCAAGAGACAACGGAGACUUUACUGCAACGUGGGCAUUGGGUUCCAUCUCCAGAUAUUUCCAGAUGGACAGAUAAGUGGUGUUCAUCAUGAAAAUCAAUACAGUCUCUUCGAACUAUCAGCAGUAGAGCGAGGCGUGGUUAGCCUCUUUGGUAUGAGAAGCUCUCUCUUCGUUGCAAUGAACAACAAGGGGAAAUUGUAUGGCUCAGCAAGCUUUCAAGAUGAAUGCCAGUUCAAAGAAACACUUCUUCCGAAUCACUACAACGCCUAUGAAUCAUUCAUGUACAAAGGAUUUUACAUUGCACUCAGCAAAUAUGGACGAACGAAAAGAGGAAGCAAAGUCUCUCUUGCUCAGACGGUCACACAUUUUUUACCCAGACUGUAAAGACUAACGGGUGCUCAGAGACUCUCUUAUUUUGCACAUGUGAGCAUUCUUUCAGGUAAAAGACUCCUGUACAUUUUCUGUUAAUAUUUAUGUAUAUUUGGGAUCCAUUACACAAACCAGAAACAGCUUAAAAAUAGAUUCCUACUUUCCUAUAUUUACAUUGUUCCCCCACUUUUAUUUUUAUUCUUUGAAAUCUUAAAUAAUUUUUUAAAAAUAGAUUAACUACAAUUUAAACAUAUCAUGAAGCAACAAAUGAUUGACAAAAGUAUCAUUGUAAAAUCAAAAUCUCUAGAGAGAGAGAAAAAAUGCAUAUUCUUGGGUACCUGCUAAGUAAAGGUAAAGAUUUUCCCCUGACGUUAAGUCCUGUCGUGACCGACUCUGGGGGUUGGUGCUCAUCUCCAUUUCUAAGCCAAAGAGCCGGCAUUGUCCGUAGACACCUCCAAGGUCAUGUGGCCGGCAUGACUGCAUGGAGCGCCCUUACCUUCCCGCCGGAGCGGUACUUAUUGAUCUACUCACAUUGGCAUGUUUUCGAACUGCUAGGUUGGCAGGAGCUGGGGCUAACAGCGGGCGCUCAUUCCGCUCCCGGGAUUUGAACCUGGGACCUUUCAGUCUGCAAGUUCAGCAGCUCAGCGCUUUAACACACUGUUAAAAAUAUGGGAUGUGCAGCACUCCAGGUUUGGGACAUCUACGGGCAACUAGAACCAUACAUAUGACAAGAGAAAGAGCCAUGAAAGCCUUUGACAACAUAGCCAUUUAAACUCAUUUCUCGUCCAUUGGAACAAGGAAAGAAACAUGAAAUCUGUUAUGUAUACAACUUGAAAUGUGAAAAUUGUGAAAGUGUAUACUUUGAAUAUGCACUACCUUGGUGUAUAUUUUGAAUAUGCAUUGCAUCUGUUUUAGGGGUGUGCAUGGUGACAUUUUUCAAAAUGGGAUCCGGGAAAUUCGGCUGAUUCGACAACCAAAUGUCUGAAAAAUGGGCUCAAAUUAACUCUACUGAAACAGACCAUGAUGGCAGCUGAUAACUGCUGUUUUCGGUUGCUUUCAGCUGUGCCGUGGCAUCAACCACAUGUGUGUGGGGGUUUAUUCGAAUUGCACACCCCUAAUCCCUUGAUUUUUUUUUUCGUGUCAGGAGCAACCGGAGUUGCUUCUGGACUGAGAGAAUUGGCCGUCUGCAAGGACGUUGCCCAGGGGACGCCUGGAUGUUUUUGAUGUUUUACCAUCCUUGUGGGAGGCUUCUCUCAUGUCCCCGCAUGGAGCUGGAGCUGAUAGAGGGAGCUCAUCCGCGCUCUCCCCGGGUGAGAUUCGAACCUGGCAGCCUUCAGGUCAGCAACCCAACCUUCAAGUCACUAGGCUUUUAUCCCCUAGGCCACCGGAGGCUCCUAAUCACUUGAUAAUUUGGAAUAAAAGUAAGCAUACAGAUGGGCAGAACUAAAUUACCAUUUAGACAUCUUCAAACAAUUGAAAUUUAGUUUUUAGUACAUUUGAAACUAAUUUGCAGAGACUUUCCACCCUUUGCACAUUUCUGGUUGUUGCAGAGGGUUCUGAGGCACAGUCCAUGGGUUGUGUUAUGACUCCUUGUGGCACCACUUAGGCCAACUGAGUCUCAUUUUCACCCAUAUGAAUUGCAAUAGCAUCUUUUCUAAAACACAUUUCUGUUGGGAAUAAGAGUUAUCCCUAAACUAAUCUGUAGCUGUGUAUUAAGUGAAGUAUUCAUAAUGUUAAACAUUAAGAGUGUUCAAUGCGCUCUUUUGGGAGGAAAUUUUGUUUAUUUAUUUAUUUGUUUCCAGCAUUUAUAUCCUGCUCUUCUCACCCGAGGGGGACUCAGGGCAGCUUACAACAGUUGGCAACAUUUAAUGCCAAGAACAUAAUAAUAAAACAAAAACAGUUUACCGUUUUGGAUCUUGUCACAGGGGAUCUCAGACUUCCCACAAAAUAGAAUAAAAACCAAUGCCAUAGAUUUCAA